CUGAGACGCCACUGUGCGUGGAAGCGACACAACCAAGCUCAGCCACGCACGGUGCCAAACACGAGGCUGAUGGCAGAGAGCAAUAUUCUGUUGAUUUGAUAGAGAAGAACUGCAUUUAUGGUGAUACCAAGCAUGAAGUUAACGUGUACGUUAAGAUGUUUACAAACAGCCCAUUUCUGGUAUGUAUGGAUUUGGCUCGUUCUCGAGAAGAACUAAUAGAUCCCAAGUAUUUGUGGAUUGGUCCAGACGGAAAAAACUUAACAGGGCGGACGCACGUGAAUCUUUCCGAAACAGGAAAGCUGAUGGUGGUGGGCUUUACGGAGUCCAUGUCUGGAGCCUACACCUGCAUUCUCUCUCACAAAAUCAUAGAGAUUACGACACAAGAAGAACGAGAAGUGCUGGAGGCGUAUAAAUUCGUGGUAUACGCGUACAGGGAAGCUGACCACGCGUAUCAGAUGUCCGUCCGCUUUACUACGAGGGAGUGCGAGCGAGCAGCCAACGGCCAGUUCUUUGGGGAGCUACAGAGAAUCCUAACCGACAUCAUCUCUGAUCUGAUGUGUCACCUCACGCACUCAUCCUACAAAUGCCGCGCCGUCAAGACACCGAAGCAAAGCCUCCUGCACGAACUCUUUGUUAGCUUUCAAGUCAGUCCUUUCGCACCGGGAUGGGAAGAAGUUUGCCGCCGGGCUCCUUACGACUGCGAAGAGGCGACAAACGGGAGAGUUGAAGAGGCAAGAGAUCGGAUUGGGGAGUUUUUCCAGAGACAGACAUAUGUUUUGAAGCACAUGUUGCAAACCGUUCCCGCCAUACACUACGUGGCCAGCAGUUUCUCGGCUAUCUACGUUGACAGCUGUCAACCAGGAUUCGGGAAGAACGACCUCACCCACAAGAGCUGUGCCAAUUGCUGCGUGGUGUGCAAUCCCGGAACUUACAGCCCUACCAACCAAGGGACCUGCUGGAUUUGUAGGAGGCCUCGGGUUUGGGAGUACGGAGCGCGAUCUUGCUAA